AUGUCAACCACUGUACCCUAUGGAAAAUUUGCAGAACAGCUUUACCGAGACUUGCAUGCCUUGUCCACCGAGGCCAAGCGCAGAAAUGCAGAAAUUAAAGUUGCGAGUGACAAAUCACAGGAGAUCCUAAGAAUUGUAAAGGGUUUUGACGAUCUGGCUCGACAUCCGGACUUUGUUGCUCCGUUCGUGCUUUCAUGCUCAUCGAGAAAUGCAAAACUCACAACGAUAUCUAUGCAAUGCUUCCAGAAAUUAGCGACUGUCAAUUGCAUACCUGAUCAGAAAAUUGAAGACGUGCUCAACGCCUUUAUUGAAUCUGCUCAUCUGGCUGUAGAAAUACAGCUGAAGGUACUGCAAGUAAUACCGAUAUUUUUCAAGACAUACAGUACAGUCGUUACGGGCAAGCUCUGUUCCAAAAUUCUGAAAUGCUGUUCUAUUCUUCUUCGGCAGCCCAACAAGACACCCAUGGUCGUAGGCACUGCAAGUGCAACAUUGCAACAACUUAUUAAUGAUAUCCUGGAAAGGGCCAUUAAACCGGAAGUCAAUCAAACGUUAUCCGUAGCCACAGGCAAUACUGAAUCUAUGAUGGUUGGACCUUUUCGUCACGAUGCUAACCGCCUGUUCUACGACCUUUGCAGUUUGAAAGGAACCUCCAUUAACCAUACAAAUGUUCUACUCAAUAUUGAGUCGAUUCCAGAAGAUUACGGACUGGAAAUAUUGGAAAGCGUCCUGAGCAAUCAUCACAUCCUCUUAUGCGAAUGUGCUGACCUGCAAUUCAUACUCAGAACGAAGGCCGUACCGCUUUUUCUACGCUCUAUUUCAUCUUCAAGAAACUUCUCAAUUGUAAUCAGAAGUGCGCGUUGUCUGCUCAUGCUUGUCAGGCCUGAGUUUUUGAAAGUGUUAGAACUAGAGCUUGAAAUAAUCAUAUUUUUGCUCAUAAACAUUGUUUCAAAUGACAUUGAAUCACCACUUUGGAAGAAGCUCGUUGCUCUAGAACUUUUCCAGUUAUUAUGCAAAAAUUUCUCUCUACUGUUGGGUCUCUUCAAGUUUUAUGACAUGCUUCCAGAUCGCAAGGAUAUACUCUCAAACCUGCUCAAAUCCUUCCAAAACCUGUUGGCGUCAAGAGAAAAUCAGAGUUACUUGAAUAUAUCACUUACUCUAGAUAAAGGCGAUACACCCUUGAUUUCUCAAGAAAGUUCAUCAGCGAAGGUUCCAUUAAUUGAACUGUUCGAUAAGCCUAAUCCCCCGCUUGUCGAUCAAACUUAUAGCGUGUACCUCAUUUUGUCGAUCGUCAACCAAAUAUCAGAAGGGAUAGGCGCAUAUGCGGUCGCCUUAAAUCAAAAGGAGAUAGGUCAAAAGGAAACAGAUAUUUUCAAAACACUGUACAACACGCUUUUUCCUGAUCUAUUUUCCUUGCACAAAUCUUUUCUUUACUCCACGACUUUAGACACACCUCUGUUCCAUUCCACUAUAAGAGCUUUACAAAAGUUAUCACACGCAUCGGGUAUUCUAGAACUCAGCGAUACCCUAGAAAAUUGUUUGAAUCUAUUUGGGGUUGCCACAGUAGAAGCAUGUACACCGACAUCUGCUGUUAAGAGUACUACGGCAUCUGAUCAAAACCUCAGUACAGCUACCGCAAUGCUCAAUACCAUUAGUGGUUCUCUUAUUGGUCAUGCUCAAAAUGCAGCAGGAUCGUCAGAAGCGCUCCUUCCGCAAGCCUAUUCUAUCCACCCACGAACAAUCAGUGUUUUUAGGGCCCUCGUAUCACUUUCUGUCUCGUUAGGUCCAAGUUUCAAUGCCCAGCAUUGGGAUAGCUUCUUGAAGACGUGGCAAUGGAUGUCGUUUUUCUUGAGUGAACAGUCAAAUGAUUUCGAGGAUAGUCGCUCAAUUUUAAACAACUCCCAAAGCUCCCAGGUGACGAGCUCUGAUAUCAAUGCAGCGAAAACCAGCAUUGUGAAAUUUUGUGAGAGUACACAAAACUAUUCCAACACAGGCUUCAUCAUUUUAGUUCAAGCUAUAAUCAAGGAAUCAACCAACUGUGCCCUUCAAAAAAAAAAAAAUGGAGAUGUAGAGGGACAAUUGCCAACGAGUAGUGAUGGCAAAAUAUUGAAUUGCGCUUAUAAUGAAGACUUUUUUCUCGUUCAGCUUGGGGAGCUUAGCCGCCUUAACAUGUCUAGGUUACUCAAGGAGAAAAAAGAUGUAAGCAGUUGGGAUUUGAUUAUUGGUCAUCUGAUCCAAGAAGCAUCUAGUAGAAUCUACGAUAACGAGACGCUGCGUUUGUGCUCUGUUGAUACACUUAAUAAUGUCGUCGCUCAAGCUGCCUUGGAAUCUAGUGAGCUUGAGCCCUCGUCAAGUCUGACGCCUGAGAUGGUCGAGCAAAAACUGUUGACGACCUUAGUUAAGCUGAUUGAAAAGAUAUUAAGGCUAGAGCGGAAUAGAGAGGCUGUUCAUAACGGAUUUAUCGAAACUGAGUGCGAUAUCAUCUUCCAAGCCUUGCGAACGCUCAAGGGACUACUGGAUGUAUUUGGAGAUUCGAUGCAAACUACUUGGGGUAUGGUUUUUAGAAUUAUCAAUUCCCCAUUUGAGAUGAUACAUGAAAAUGCUGCUCUAGAGUCUUCAAUUCUUGAAGAAGACAGCUCUAUUCUAGAUUUGAUUUCAGCCAAGCACAAAGGGAUGAUUCAAGUAUCAUUUGACGUUUUCAAGCUGAUAUUUGAUGAUUUUUUGCAAACCUUACCAUUAAGCAGCCUCAAAAGUGUAAUUGACACGCUUCUUAACUUUGUCAGACAGGAAAGGGAUUUGAAUAUAUCCUUCUCGUCGAUUAGCCAGUUUUGGUUGAUCGGAGACUAUCUCAGGACGAGUAUUUCAAAGGGAAAGGAACAAUUUUCAGCUUCACAAAGGUCUGAAUUUGUUGCUAGCGUAGAAAAUGGCAAUCUCGCUAGAUUAAUCAUGGCUUAUGGGGACGAAACUCGUGAAAUGUACUAUGCUUUGUGGCUUUAUCUUCUCAAAAAGCUGGUUGAAUGUACUGCCGACGAAAGAAUUGAGGUCAAAAAUGGCGCAAUCCAAACGUUUUUUAGGAUUGUAGAUUCUCAUUCAUCGUCCUUUCCACCUUGGGAGCUUGUAAUUCAUGAAGUACUCGCACCGCUGCUACUCCAAGGUGGCAGCUCUGACCAAUAUCUUAAAAGCGUUGAAUUCAUCAAUUUAACUCUAAAGGGCUUGAUCCAAUUGUUUUCUUUGUACUUCUCCGAUUUUUCAAUAAUUCCAAAUUUAGAAAGCGCAUGGGAGUUGCUGGUCCGCUAUGUGGCAAAGCUCCUGCAAAUCCCAUCUUUUGAGCUCUCUUUUGUUGUCUUAAAAAAUCUUAGAUGUUUAUUGGAGGCAAUGCUUCCUGUCGAGGCCCUUCCUGAUACAAUUGUUCUGGAGCUCUAUGAAACAUGGAGUAGUUAUAACAUGGUUUACAGCGACUCAUUGAAGUCGGAAUUCAAAGGCAAAACUAAUUUCGAGUGCAUAGGGGAGCUCUUAACUUGCUAUCCGUUCUUGCACCAGCUGCUUAACUCAAGAAAUCUACUGGAUUGCCAAAAAGUCGAGACGAUAUUUAAUGUAAUGAACUGUGCUGCAAGAUAUCCCUUGUUGCCCGAGUUUUCAUCUGAUAAUCAGAAGCCGUCCACACUGCAAAAGACAGUUCUCGAUUCUGUUAAAGUUUUUGAGCUGCAGCAGCCUUUACAAGUUGAGCUCUUGAUCUUGACCCAAAUCAGUACCAUUGUUGCGCUACCUUUUGAAACUAGAGCCAGGAUCGAAAAUAAAUUAGGGCCGAGGUUGAGCUCAACCGCAAGGAAGAGAAUUCCUUCAUUCGAGGCUAUAAGCUAUGAAUUUUGUGAAUACUUGGCUAAGCGUCUUGAAAGCUUUGCUGAGGUUGACGAGCAGUUUGUCAAUUCCAAAAGACUUCUCAAAUUAUUGAAAAACCUAAGCGUUCCCAUUGUUUCAAAGUCUUUAAUUGGGGGGAGCAAGGGUACCUCGGAGACCUUGUGGGUUAGGUCGUCCAGAUGCUUUCGCUUGCUUUGCCAAAAAGUUCUGACAUUCUUAAACAAUAGAAAGGCUGAGAGUGCAGUGCCAGAAGAUGUUCGGGAUUCGUUUUAUAGCAUUUUCGUUGAGGUGGCAGUUACCCCGCUAAAAAGAGUGAGCACUGACAUUGAUAGCGCUACGGAAGCAAACGAUAUGGAAGAAUUUGCUUGUUAUAAGGAUAUUCUUCUCAAGAGUUUGGGCCCAAAAUUCCCUACAAACAAACAACUCGAAAUCUUUGUCUCGGCUGUAUGGGCCGGUUCCUUCUUCCAUGAAGUUGAUGAAAUUGAAGAUGCUAUUAUUAAAUCUACUGAUUCACUAGAUGAAGUUGCUGUGAAAUUAGCUGAGUUCCCUUUUGAUGACGUUCUGGGAUCAACUGCAGAUCAAAUUUCUUUAAGCAAAUAUAGGGCAGCCUCUAUGUGUCUUCGCACCUUGAUGGAAUUUACUAUCUUUGAUGAAGCUGGUUACGAUAGGUUACAACCAAUUUGUGUUCCAUUCAUGGUCUCACGAUAUGCCUUUAUUAUGCGUAGAUACAUAUCCGACGUCGAACUCCUUAACCGUAAACCGGUCCCCAAGGGAAUGAAACUGGAAAUGCUCUUAGUGCUCAACGGUCUGAAUCAAGUUCUCAAAUGCGUCUGUGCUAAGGGAAAAGACUCCUUUGAUAGCCAAACUGUCGCAACUCUGCAAAUUCUCUACCCUCUCGUAUUGAGGGCCAUCCCAGCUUCUCAUAAAAUUCCAGGAUUACAGACGAUUGUUCAAGAGCUCUCUUUGAAUUUUACAAGACUUCCUACGUAG